CAACACUAGCGGACGUGCACGGAGUUUUUUGAUGGCAACGAUUUUCUUCACGGAACCCGAACUGGUGGUCGGCCAUGGCCGGAGGGUGCUGUUCGUGAACCCCGAAGACAUGCAGAUAUUCAAGGAGAUCGAGCUUCCGCCCGACCUUGGCCUAAAAACCCAAGCCCCAUCCUCCACCAUCGAGCAGGGAUCCGGAUCCUGUCCAGCGGGCAAGGAGCAACAGCUUGCUGCUGGUGGCGCCAAGCAGCCAGAAGCAACAGCCUCCGGGUCAGCAGCCACCAAAGUGGAGGCACCCAUCUCGGUGCAGAAUGUCGCCUACUCUCCAGAUGGACAGCUGCUGGCCGUGACCACCAGUGGGGGUCAGAAGGCGCUCCUGCUGUACCGCUCGUGGCCGGAAAACGCGCGCCUGCUCUCAUCCCGGCCACUCGCCCGGGCGGCCAGUGCCCUUCGAUUCUGCAGCGACAGCAGCUCCGUUCUGGUCACGGAUAAAACGGGCGAUUGCUAUCAGUACGACUGCGUCGAGCUGGAGGCCACUCCACGCCUGCUGCUCGGCCAUCUGAGCGUGGUGUACGACAUCCUGUGGUCGGAGGACCAGCAGCACAUCAUUACCUGCGAUCGGGAUGACAAGAUUCGCGUCACUAACUAUCCCGCCACCUUCGACAUUCACAGCUAUUGUUUGGGCCACCGGGAGUUUGUGUCAGGAUUGGCUCUCCUCACAGAUCAGCACAUUGCCUCCGCCUCGGGGGAUAAGACGCUGCGCGUUUGGAACUACAUCCAGGGCAAGGAGCUGCUGCUGCACGAGCUCCCAGCUCCAGCGGUUCGGCUUUUGGUGCGACAACUGGAGCCGGAGAAGGUCUUCCAAGCGGCCGUGCUCUUCUAUGGUAAUGUGGAUGCCCUGGGACUGUAUCGCUUAGAGCGUAGCCCAGACGAAUCCUGGAGCGUUACGGCCACGCAACUGGUGCGAGCCGAGGCUGGCUCGUGGAGCAUAAGCAACUUUACUUUAACCGCCGAUAGGAUUUACAUCACCGGCGCCGAGAACGAGCGAUUGAGCCUGAGGGUCUACGACAUAGCCACCGGUCAGCGGACGACUAGCGGAGUGCCCGAGGGCUGGGUAAAGAUGGUGCUGGAUGGACUGGGCGCCUCCGAAGAGGACGCUCCACCCUUCGUUCCCGAGGACCUCUCUGUUUGGUUCAAGAAGCGCUUUGACAACGUCAGUGAUUAUCUGGAACGCAAGAAGCGGCGCAUCGAGGAGCAGCAGCAGCAAAAGUGCGGCUAAUCCGGAGAUGAAAUCCCCUAAAGAAAAUUACAUAAACCUUAAUCUUUACAUAGCAUUUAAUUAGCAUAUGGAGAAGAAGCAACGGACUAUGUGUGACAGGCCUGUUGGUUGGACAUAAUAUAUAUAUCUGUAUAUGUGUGUA